CAAAAUGCAACACGUUCCCUGCUUGGAAAAUGCCAGUAUUUCCUCAAUCUGCCCUUGGUUUUCCGGAGGUCCCGCUUAUACAUUCGACUUAAAACCGCAACUAGAAUGUGACAAAAUCUGGAUUCUUCCUGUUUAGCAAGUCGAGAUGGCAUUCAAAUCAACGAGGAAAUGGAUUGUUCUCAUUGUUGUCAUCCUAUCUUUUGUAUCUUUGCUUGUGCACCUCUUUAUUGCGAGGUUUUCACCCGUUGAGCUGGUGCAGUAUGAUUCAAUGGCUGGAUCGGAAGAUCAUUUUGUUUCCAUUUCAAGGAGACAUACUAUUAGGAAUGAGAAACCACCGAAGCUCAUAAAGCCGCCGCAGUCUAUGCAGCCCUAUACUAUUAGGAACGAGAAACCACCGAAGCUCAUAAAGCCGCUGCAGUCUAUGCAGCCCUAUGCCUACUCCAGAAGUAGCUAUCGUGGUUCAGCAGAGCAUGUCAAUAAAUACGAAGUGUUCCAUGAUAGGCAUAUCUUUCAGGAAGACUACGAAGAAAUGAAAAGAAGCUUUAAGAUAUACGUUUAUCCUCAUAGGCGAGAUGACCCUUUUGCAAAUGUCCUCUUGCCAGUUGAUUCUAAACCCGGAGGCAAUUAUGCCAGCGAAGGUUACUUUAAGAUGGCCCUUUCUAAAAGCCGAUUUGUCACAGAGGAUCCAAAUAAGGCAGAUCUUUUCUUUCUUCCCUUCUCAAUUGCAAGGUUGCGUCAUGACCCUAGGGUCAGUGUGGGAGGUAUACCAGAGUUUGUUCGGGAUUACAUUUCAAAUGUUCGCCGAAAGUACCCAUACUGGAACCGGACAGGUGGGGCCGAUCACUUCUACGUCGCUUGUCAUUCCAUUGGACGGUCAGCCAUGGAAAAGGCAACUGAAGUCAAACUUAAUGCGAUUCAAAUUGUAUGCUCUUCAAGCUAUUUUGUAGGCAGUUACAUUUCUCACAAAGAUGCCUGUCUUCCACAAAUAUGGCCAAGAGAAGGAGAUCCUCCUAAUCUUCUUUCAUCAAAUAGGACAAAACUUGCAUUCUUUGCGGGAGCAAUGAAUUCCCCGGUACGCAAGCAGCUUGUUCAAGUAUGGAGAAAUGACUCUGAGAUCUUUGUCCACCAUGGUCGGCUCAAAACACCUUAUGCUGAUGAGCUCCUCGGGAGCAAGUUUUGCCUCCAUGCUAAAGGCUUUGAAGUAAACACAGCUCGUAUCGCGGACUCAUUGUACUAUGGUUGCGUUCCGGUAAUAUUGGCCAACUAUUAUGACCUACCAUUCAUCGACAUAUUAAACUGGAAGAGCUUCUCGGUCGUCGUUGCCACUCAAGACAUCCCUUUGCUCAAGAAAAUCCUUAGAGGUAUCAGCUCUGAUGAAUACUUAAGGUUACAAAGGAAUGUGUUGAAGGUGAGAAAACACUUUCUAUGGCAUCCUUCUCCUAGAGAUUAUGACGCCUUUUACAUGGUAAUGUAUGAGCUUUGGCUCCGUCGAAGUUUAUUGCGAGUUCCUUUUAGUGUCCUGAAAAAUUGGUAACAAGUUUUUCUGGCUCUUUAAGUUUGUGAAUUGGGGGGCUGGCGAAAAAUUGUUCACCGGCUAGUUUGGUAAAAUAGGGAUGAAUGAACACCAUGUUUUGGCUGAGGAUAUUAUGGUCUUUUAUGUUCAAAUUUUUCUCCAUUUAACCUUUUUCCUCAAACAGUGACUUCAAAACUAUAUAGGUAAAUGUUGUAAAUUAAGGUGCUGCCUUUGCUUACAUAUAGUCACCGUACCCAAAUUCGGUUGUAAGAAA